AUGUCCACAAAGAUCAGCGAACGUUUAGAAGCUGAUUCUGCCCAAUCCGUUAAUUACACAAAACCUGCAGAUGAUGAUAUAUCCACAGCAAACACAGCUCAAGAUCUUACUGCCAACCAUGGGUCACAAGUCUCUUAUGCAGAAAACACAACGGAGCACGAAAAUGUAAAUACAGAUGAUUGCGUGGUUAUGGAUAGUGCCACCAAACGCCUUGAGAAGAACGAUAACAACAACAACAUCAAUAUGUACUAUGUAAACCCGAAUUUUGCGCCUAACCGCAAAGCUGAUAACGAAAUUGAAGAAACAGAUCAGGUCUCAGAUGAGAACAGCAGCAUAGACAGAAUGAAGGAUGACACAUCGUCAAUGCAACAAUCGUGGUUGCCAUCUAUUUUGAGAGGAGAAAGUUGGCCGGAGCAAAACAGUAACUACAUCAGUGACGUUGUUAACGGUAUUACUGACUAUGACCUCAAUGACAACAAUGAAAAGAUACCCAACCCACUACUUACUGUACGUGAAACAGUCCUGAGGAAAAAUGACACAAAUGCCAAGGAAUUAGCAGAUUGGAGGAAAUACAAAGAGGACAACUUCUUCAAAAUGAUCAACAACAAUAAAUUGAAAGAUCUACCAAGCACUCAAUCAACUAUACCGAACACCUUUGCUAAUAAAUUCAACAAAAUUCAUGGCAUUAAUAAUGCAGAUCUACUGACGCCAGAUUCCCCCUUAAAGCUUUUUGAUGUGCGUCAGAAUACUUACACCAAAUUUAUGAUGCAUAACAUGCUGAACCAACUCUCACCUCAAAAGCUCGAGAAUGAACAUCAAAAUGACACCAAAGUACCCAAAGUUAUCAAACAAUCAGAAGAGUUGUAUAACAAAAUAUUAACCGGAAGCUCUUCCAGCGGAAGCUUACUGAACAAAGCACAAGGAAAAUUGACAGACACCACAAAGGACGGUCCAGAGAGAGAACAAGAUAAUCACAAUCUAAGCAACGGCAAUGAUUCCGGAGUUGAAAACCCAAACAACAAUGUUGAUGUGACCUCUGACGCCGAAGAGUUUAGCUCUUUUCCAUCAACUACGAGAAAAUUUGUACAUGACGGAGAACAACUUUUUGAGAACAUUCGUGAGGGGCUUCAACAACACAAGAUCCCGCUGACCGACAUUGCUGCCCCGUAUUCUCAAUCUGACUACACUUCAGCUGAUGAUGACUAUGAAGGAAAUGAAAUUGGUGACAACAGUGAAUCUGCUGCUGAUGGGAAAACCACCUAUGAUGAUGAUGAUGAUGAUGAUGAUGAUGAUGAUGAUGAUGAUGAUGAUGAUGGAAGCAGUCCCAAAUUAGCACUUAAUCAAGGCUCACCAUACAACAUACCGAAUGAUCAACAUAAAAUACUUUCAGAAACUGAACCGUACAAUGCAGAAUUCAAUGUCCGACCUCCCCAAUUAAGAUCCCAGUUUAGAGCUGUAGAAGAUAAGGCUACUGUUUAUGAUUCUAAUGGAAAUAACAAUGCAGUAAAAAACAAACCCAAAGGUCUGAAUUUCAUUCCUGCAGAUGAGUAUAAGAACAAGGUGUAUGACAAGAAGUUGAAAAAGUAUGUUUUGAAGAAUGAAUAUGAUACCAAUUCGUCCUAUACUGAUGAUAUCGAAAUUCAAGAUGGUUUGGACAAUAUAUCGAUUUCUGACCCAGAUAGGACAAGUAAUAGUAUUCUUCGUAAUGCCAAUUACGCCAGAGAAAUAAACCACGAAGAAACUUUUGAUUCAACUGAUACUAGUAAAAGCUCUUCCAAUAAUACUAUUGAUGCAGAGACUCCAUUCAAUGAAUCUUUUGCUGUGUCGGAUGGCCUUUUAGUUGAAGCAAUCAGCGAGUCCUACCCGGCCGAGGAUUGGAAUUUUGUCAAAGAAAUAGACCUCAGUGAGUUUGAGUUGAAACAAUUGUAUCACUUGGACAAAAUGAUUCCUAAUAUUUGGUAUCUCAAUGCCUCGCAUAAUGAGAUAAAUCAAAACUUUGGAAUACCAAAAGAGAUCCAAGUUCUGAAUCUGGCAUAUAAUAAUUUCAACAGUAUAAGUGCUAAAUUUGACAUGUUUCAGCAUUUGCAGGUUUUAGAUCUAAGCCAUAAUGAAUUAACAGAUUUGCGAUGUUUGAAAGACUUGAAAAGCUUGACAAGCUUAAAUUUGAGUAAUAACAAAGUGGAGAGUAUUGAAUUUCUAGAAAACUUUAGAAUGUUACAUUAUCUGAAUUUGUCGCAUAACAAGAUUGGAGGGAAAUUAGAUUUCAGGAAUUAUACCUUAUGGUUUUUGGAAGACCUCAUAAUUGAUGAUAACGAAACUACAGAGCUUAUCAAUCUCAGCGAGUUGCCACAGCUAGUAAACUUGUCGGCAAAUAACAACAGCAUCACCCGUAUACUCUACUCGGAGACUGAAGAAGAGGAAUACGUUGAGACUCCCCAUUUCAACCUAAGAAGAAUCUCAUUAAACAACAAUAGCUUGUAUGAAGACAUUGACUUAUCAGAAUUCCCAGAAACAAAGGAGAUUCAGCUGGAUAGAUGUUUUGCCGAAAACAUAAGGCACAUAUCACUUUACACCGAGAAGAUUUCGGCAAGAUAUAUACCAGAGGAGAAGAGUGUCGAGGGUUUUCUGAGGUUCAGCCUACAAAGCAAUAACUUGAAAAGUUUGUACUUGACUGGUGGGGUGUUACCUAGAGCACUUCCUACUUUCAAGGAUAGGUUUUCCAGCGUUAAUAUCCUAGACAUAUCUGCCAUGGAUUUGGAAGCUUUGCCCAAGAAGUUCAGUGAAUUUUUUCCAUUACUGAUCGAUUUGAACUUAAACUUUAACCGGCUUAGGAAUUUGAACGGACUCGAGAAGCUAAGACAUUUGAAACAGUUGAAGCUGUUGGGAAAUGAAAUUAGAAACAUCGAGGACAUCACCGACUAUACAUCACGUGUUCGUAUGACUUUACGGCUUCUUGACGUGCGUGUCAACCCACUGACCACAAAAUUCUAUCCUUUCAUUUUCUACGGCGAAGAUGACCAUUCUGAACAGGGAGGUUCAGCAGCCUCAGGGGAUAGUGAUGCCAACAAUUUCACAUCGUUCAGGCUGCAGGAACGAGAAGAUAUCGAGGCCUUUUCCAUCGAGUACAGCCGUCUCUACGAGGAACCCGGGAUGCUGAAAUGGGCAAAAAAGAACCGGAAGCACCAGCGGAAGCUCUCCCGAGAGGUCCGAGAGGAGCGCAACGGGUAUCUGGUGGCCAUGUUGGUAUGGUUUGAACAUGUCAAAUAUCUUGACGGAGACGUUAUCAACGAGUUGGACAGACGUGCGUACGUAAGCGGUUUUGCUUAG